AUGGCCACCACAAAGACACCCUUCCCUCCCCUCCCCAAAACCCUCCUCAUCAUCUCCCUCAAAAUGUACUUCACCCCCGACCGCACCCUCUCCUACCUACGCGACCUCCUAAGCCCAACGAACAAAAUCGUCCUCCCCCAAAACCGCUCCAGGCUCCUCCUAGCCCUCAUCCCCGAUUUUCUAACGAUCUACCCCUGCGCCCAAAUCAUCAAAGACUGGGCCGCCGGCUUCCACCUCCCCUCCGACUUCAACCCUGAACCACCUUUCCUUCUCGGCGCCCAGGACUGCUUCUGGGAGGCCGCAGGCGCCUACACAGGCGAGGUCUCCCCCGCCUCGCUGCGUUCGCUGGGGGUCCGGCUAGUCGAGCUCGGCCACGCUGAGCGCCGCGCUCUCUUUGGCGAGACGGACGACCAGGUAGCCCGCAAGGCGGCUGCUGCUGUUGACCAGGGCCUGAUCCCCCUUGUUUGCAUCGGGGAGGUUACCGCGCCGGGGGCGAUCGCGUCAGAGGCGGUGGGGCUGGCGGUGCGUGAGUGUGCGGGGCAGAUGCGCGCGGUGCUGGAUGCGAUCCCCUCCGCGGCGCCGGUUAUCUUUGCGUAUGAGCCUGUUUGGGCGAUUGGGAAGGCGAAGCCUGCUGGGGUGGACCAUGUUGCGGCUGUAGUGGAGGGGAUACGGGCGGUGAUUGGGGAGCGGGUGGGGGAGGUGAGGGUGUUGUAUGGGGGGAGCGCGGGGCCGGGGUUGUGGGGGGCUGGAGGGCUGGGCAAGGCCGUUGAUGGGAUGUUUCUGGGGAGGUUUGCGCAUGAGAUUGAUGGUGUCAAAAAGGUGGUCCAGGAGGUGGAGGAGACGUUGUCAGAGCAAUAG